AUGGCAACAAAAACGGCACCAACAGCCCCCGUCGAUGCCGGCACAGAGGCCCCGCAAGCUGAGGUUGACAUUGUGGAGAUGGCGGCGUUUCGCUCCACACCAUCCGACACGCGUCUGACAGAACCAAUAUCUGGGGAACCACAAUCUGAGGCCACAGCCGAAGCCAACCUCACAGAUGCCAUUCCGGACGGUGGCCCCGAGGCAUGGACGAUGAUCGCAUGCUGUACCCUGCUGUGCUUCUGGUUCGUCGGGACGUCGUAUUCAUGGGGUGUGCUGCAAGCUGCCCUCGUCGACCGCGGUCUAGCGCCCGCUUCGACCCUCGCGUUCGUCGGCUCCAUUGCUAUUGCCAUGUUGGCUGUGUUGGCAAUGCUUAACUCGCGUGGAUUGAGCAUCAUCGGCGCACGCGCCAUGGGCAUGGUCGGCGUAUGCUUCAUGGCGUUUGGACAGAUCCUCGCCAGUUUUGCGACACACAACAUUGCAGGUCUGUUCAUGACCGCUGGCGUCAUGAUGGGAAUCGGCGUCAGCCAGUGCUUCAUGGUAGCGAGCAUUACGCCUGUGCAGUACUUUACCACUAAGCGGGGUACCGCCGUCGGCAUCGUCUACGCUGGCGGUGGGCUGGGUGGUGCGAUUAUCAGCCUGUCACUUGAGGCCGGCGUGCGUAACCUCGGCGUCGAAUGGACCUUCCGCCUAGUUGGAUUCCUCAUGCUGGCUACGGGACUUCCUGCUGCGUACUUUGUCAAGGAGCGAUUCACAGUCAUGCGCAAGCAAUUCGUUGACUGGUCCCUGUUCAAGCAGUUCGACUUCAACAUUCUGUUCCUCGCCGGCGCGCUCGGCACAUUCCCUCUCAUCGUCCCACCAUUCUUCCUGCCACUGUACGCUCAGUCUCUCCAUCUGAGCGCAUCCCUUGGCGCCGUCCUGGUAUGCGUGUGGAACUUUUCCUCCGCCAUCGGCCGCAUCUUCACUGGUGUGUGCUCGGAUCGCCUGUUCGGACCCCUCAACACCCUCUUCCUUAUUCUAUCCCUCAUCGCUCUGUCCCUGCUCGUCAUUUGGCCAGCAUCCACCUCUUUCGGCCCCGUCCUGGUAUUCACCUUUGUCAACGGUGCAGCCAGUGGAGGAUUCUUCGCCAUUAUGCCGACUGUUGUUGGCAGCGUCAUGGGAACGCAGCACAUGGCGGUCGCCUUUGGCAUGAUUGUUAGCGGAUGGGUGGGCGGUUACUUGGCUGGCGCACCCAUUGCUGGUUACCUUCUGGCCGCGUUUGGUGGUACCGGACACGGCAUCUCCGCGUACCGCCCCGCAAUGUUCUGGGCAGGCGGCAUCGCCGCCGUUGCUGCGGCCCUCAUUGGUAUCCUGAGGGUCCGUAAGAGCCCCCACCUGACGAUCAGGAUGUAG